GUUAGUAAGCAGAGUAGUACAAGAACUUGCCAAAAUGCAAAAGUCGCAUACUAAUACCCACUUCUUCUUGCUCCUAGUUCUUCUGGGCAUUUUCCAAGGAGAUUCCAUGCCCCUGGAGGCUAAGGACUCUCACGAAAUAAUUGACUUGAAAGAACGAGAACUGGCUGACAAUUUGUUCCGCAAUCCGGAUGAGGAAAUCACAGGAACAUUGGCCAAGGCUCACAAUGCGAAUUCGAUCCAGAACCCAGGAGAAUACGGAAACUAUUUCGAGGGCGAUAUAGUGUUACCACGGAGACAUCGAAAUGCUGGAGCCUUUGGAGCCCGUAAUGGCAAAAUAGAUCCUAGUUCCCACUGGCCUAAUGGCAUUGUUCCCUACGAAAUCGAGAAUUCCUUUAACGAGAUGGAACUGAAAAUAAUCCACCACGCUUUCGAGGAAUUCCGAAUGAAAACCUGCGUGCAGUUUAAGAAGAGGACAACAGAAACGGAUUACGUCGUAAUUAUAAAUGGGACUGGCUGUUAUAGCGACGUUGGACGUCAGGGGCUCGGCCCACAGGACGUAAGUUUGAGCUCAUUAAGCUGCCUGAACAACAAUGGAAGUACUAUCCAUGAGUUGAUGCACGCCAUAGGCUUCCACCACGAGCAGAAUCGUCCCGAUCGGGAUGAAUAUGUUCAGGUGUUGUACGAAAAUAUUAUGACCGGAGAGGCGCACAAUUUUGAAAAGAUGGACGCAACGCUUUAUUCCACAUUCGAUGAAAAUUACGACUAUAAGAGCAUAAUGCACUACCAGGUCGGCGGAUUCAGCAAGAACGAUAAGCCCACGAUGAAGGCUCUGAAAAAGACUCCCGAAGCCAUGGAUAUGGGCCAGAGGGAAGGCUUUUCCAAAGCAGAUGUGCGCAAAAUCAAUCGUAUGUACAAGUGCAAGGAUCGUGCACAUAAUUUCUAGAUGAACCCACUUCUCUAGAAACAAUUUGAAGUGAAUUAUCAGAAUAAAUAUGAUUGUUCUAACAGAAAUAAAUGUUUUUCCACUGUA